AUGACUCUCUGGGAUGGCGAUCUGCCUUUCUACCACCAGUCCCGGCGUCCCGCCGGCUUCAGCGUCCCGCUGCUUAUUGUUAUUCUGGUGUUUUUGGCUUUGGCUGCCAGCUUCUUGCUCAUCUUGCCAGGGAUUCGUGGCCACUCGCGUUGGUUCUGGUUGGUGAGAGUUCUUCUCAGUCUGUUCAUUGGCGCAGAAAUCGUGGCUGUGCACUUCAGUGCAGAAUGGUCAGUGGGCAGAGUGAACACCAACACAUCCUACAAGGCCUUCAGUGCAGCCCGCGUUCGAGCCCUUGUGGGUCUGCACGUGGGCCUGGAGGGAAUUAAUAUUACACUCACAGGGACCCCAGUGCAGCAGCUGAACGAGACUAUCAACUACAACGAGCAGUUCAGCUGGCGUUUUGGCGAGAGCUAUGUCGAGGAGUACACGGAGGCGCUGGAGAAGGGGCUGCCCGAUCCAGUUCUCUACUUGGCGGAGAAGUUCACCCCGAGCAGCCCUUGCGGGCUCUACCGCCAGUACCGCAUCGCCGGACACUACGCUUCAGCUACGCUGUGGGUGGCGUUCUGCUUCUGGCUCCUUUCCAACGCGCUGCUGUCUAUGCCGGUCCCGCUCUAUGGAGGCCUGACGCUCCUGGCCACCGGCGCCUUUGCGCUCUUCUCUGUCUUGGCCUUCGCCUCAAUUUCCAGUGUGCCACUCUGUCCCCUCCACCUCGGCUCCUCCCUGAUCACCAGUCACUACGGUGCCGCCUUUUGGGUCACGCUGGCCACCGGCGUCCUGUGCCUCAUUCUAGGAGCGGCGGUGGUGGGUCUCCACUACGCUCGGCCUAGCGCUCUUCGCACUUUCUUGGACGAAAGCGUCAAGAACUGCGGUAACCAGGCGGGAGGGGCCUCACCUCUCAACCUCAACAACCAGCAAUUCGGGGCCUCGGAAUUAACGAACAGUACUAGCCUGUGAAGCUCAACCUCAGACUUCUACGACCCAACCUCGGACUCCUACUCCGCCUCGGUACCCCACAGGCCGAGAGCAGCCUGUACACGCCCGACCUGGGCCUAGAGAACUCCGGGAGAGGUGUUGCGCUGCGGGAGCCCAAGGAAGGUGGGCAGCC